AUCAAUAACGUAAAUUUUGUAGAGAAAGCGUUCAUACAUGGCUCGUCGCCCGUAUGAUUUGCUAUUCAAGCUUUUGCUCAUCGGUGAUUCGGGUGUCGGAAAGACGUGUAUACUCUAUCGAUUCAGCGAUGAUGCAUUCAAUACGACAUUCAUCUCAACGAUCGGAAUUGAUUUCAAAAUCAAAACGAUCGAGCUGAGAGGGAAAAAGAUCAAAUUACAGAUAUGGGAUACUGCGGGGCAAGAACGCUUCCAUACGAUCACCACGUCAUACUACAGAGGCGCGAUGGGCAUAAUGCUCGUGUAUGAUAUUACAAAUGCAAAAAGUUUUGAUAACAUAGCCAAAUGGUUGCGAAAUAUCGAUGAGCACGCAUCAGAGGAUGUGGUGAAGAUGUUGUUGGGAAACAAAUGUGAUAUGACCGAGCGACGAGUGGUCAGUAGAGAACGAGGAGAAAAGAUAGCUAAGGAUCAUGAUAUCAGAUUCCUUGAGACGUCAGCAAAAGCAAAUAUUCACAUCGAUACAGCGUUCUAUGAACUUGCUGAGGCUAUUUUGGACAAGAUGCCAGCACAGACAGAAGAGCCGAGAGUAACGAUAAAUCCAUUGGAUAGCAAUAAAUCGGGCAGUGGCGGAUGCUGUUAGGAGCCAGAUUUUUCUAUGCGUAUCGAUUAGCGUCGAUCUGUUCAUCCAGAAUUCUCUUCCUUCUAUGUUUUACGCCUAUGUGUGGUGAGUAAGUGCGCGUGUGUGUUUUAUAUCACAUCGUCAUUUCGUCUAAUCCGGCUUAUUGAUUCUCGGGUACCGGUGAGUCGGUGCGCUGCUUCACCGUAGCGACGUUACAUCCUUUUUCUCUCUGUAAUGUCUGUAUCGUUUUGCGCUUUUUAUUUUUCAAUAUCGAAUUUGUCGCUGCUAUCUCUCUGCACUUCUCUUUUUUGACUCUUUUCUUUGUUUUAGCUUCGAUAUUUGAUUGCAUCCCCUUGUUCUGAAGAACCAUGAUUUGCUAUCAUGCGAAUAUCAUGGAGACGAAGCUCGUUAUUGCACCGAGCUCUUAUCUACGGGUUAUCGUGAGAAAAAAAUUUGUGUAAAUGUGAC